UUGGACAAUGGACAUUUGUGAUUGAUGACUGAUGGUUAUAUUUUCAUAAUUUUUUCGAUGUUUUAAGAAAACAUGAAUUGGAUUUCCAAUUGAAUAGAAAGUAGACUAAAUAAUUUUAACGCGGCUUGUCUGCUUCUGAAGAUCAGCUUAGUUUGUAGAUUGCAUAAAGGAAAUGUACUAUAGCCUUUUUAUGUCAAUAACGGAUAACCAACUCAACAGCAAAAAAAACUGUCAGGUUUUAAUUGUGUUAACUGUUAAUUAAUAAAUAAAAUUAAGAGCAUCGUGAAGGCUGGUUACGUUAAGUAUUUUGAGAAUCGCGUUAACUAAGAAAUAUGGGUGUUCCGAAGUUUUUCAGAUAUACCAGUGAAAGGUACCCUUGUCUAAAUGAGUUGGUGAAGCAAUAUCAGAUCCCCGACUUUGACAACAUGUAUUUGGAUAUGAAUGGCAUUAUACACAACUGCUCACAUCCUGAUGACUCAAAUCCACAUUUUCGAAUCACAGAAGAGAAAAUAUUUAAGGAUAUUUUUCAUUAUUUAAGUGUUUUAUUUCAAAUUAUAAAGCCAAAGAAGCUGUUCUUCAUGGCUAUUGAUGGUGUUGCUCCAAGGGCCAAAAUGAAUCAGCAGAGAGGUCGACGAUUCCGAUCUGCAAGGGAAGCGGAAGAAUUAGAAGCUCAGGCUAAGGCUAAAGGAGAAGUGCUUCCAACUGAAAAGAGGUUUGACAGUAACUGUAUUACACCGGGAACUGUUUUUAUGGCAAGGCUUCAUGAACAGUUGAAAUAUUUUGUAAAAAUGAAGAUUACCCAGGAUCCAUUAUGGUCAAAAGUUAAAGUGAUUUUAUCUGGACAUGAGACUCCCGGAGAGGGUGAACAUAAGAUUAUGGAUUAUAUUCGUUGGGCUCGUUCUCAACCAGACUAUGACCCAAACACCCGCCAUUGUUUGUAUGGUCUUGAUGCCGAUCUCAUUAUGUUAGGAAUGUGUACUCAUGAACCACACUUUGCUUUACUAAGAGAAGAGGUCAAAUUUGGCAAAACAACCCAAAGAGCGACCAGCCCAGAAGAGACCAACUUCUAUCUUUUGCAUUUAUCUUUACUCCGAGAGUAUUUAGAACAAGAAUUCAUAUCUAUAAAAGAAAAUCUUCCAUUUAAAUAUGACAUUGAGAAAAUUGUUGAUGAUUGGGUUUUAAUGGGAUUUUUGGUUGGAAAUGAUUUUAUUCCCAACUUACCGAAUAUGCAUAUAAGUAAUGAUGCAUUGCCGCUUUUGUACAAGACGUAUAUGACUGUUCUACCGACUUUAGAUGGAUAUAUAAAUGAAGCCGGUGACCUGAACCUAGCUAGAUUUGAAGUGUUCAUGCAAGAGUUGGCUAAAAUAGACAAAGAGAAGUUUCAAGACACUUAUGCAGACCUGAAAUAUUUUGAAAUGAAAACUGGAAGACGGCCUAAUGCUAAUGAGAGAAAAGAUUACAAACCGAACAAUGAUGAUACGUUCAACGUAAACAUAGACGAUAUAAAGGCAAACAAACCAGAUGAUGAAUUACAAGCUCUCAUCAAUGCUACACAGGAAAUGUUCAUGGACGACGUCGCAGUUGAUGAUGAUGAUGAAUAUGAAGAAACUAGUGACGAGGAGGCAACCAUUGAAAUGGAGUUCAUAUUACACAAAAAGGACUAUUAUAUGAACAAAUUGGAUUAUUCUAAAGUUACUGAGGAAGUACUAGCGGACCAAGCCGAAGGCUACGUGCGUGCGAUACAAUGGAACUUAUUCUAUUACUAUAAAGGGUGUCCUUCCUGGUGCUGGUAUUAUCCGCACCACUACGCACCAUAUAUAUCAGAUAUUAAGGGGUUCAAGGAUUUGAAAAUUGAGUUUGAGUUGGGCGAUCCGUUCAAACCAUUUGAACAGCUAUUAGCAGUAUUACCCGCAGCAAGUAAGCAUCUCCUACCGACUCCAUUCCAUGACCUGAUGACGGAUGAGGAUUCACCUAUUGUACAUUACUACCCAAUACACUUCGAAACAGAUCUGAAUGGAAAGAAGAACGAUUGGGAGGCUGUUGUCUUGAUACCAUUUAUAGACGAGGUCAAUCUCUUAUCAGCAAUGUCGCCCUGUUAUCAGCGUUUGACGGAAGAAGAGCUUAAGCGUAAUAUGCACGGACCUAUGCUCGUAUAUAACUGGAGUUCUACACCUGUAGGUACAGCGCAAGCGCCUGACUUUUUCCCACCGAUAUCAUGUCAUGCAAUAGAACAGGCAAUAUUCCGGACAGAACUGGAAGUGAGCGAAGAGAACCUAAAAAGAGGAAUGUUGCCAAAUGCGCAGAGGGAUCUCUUGUUCCCCGGAUUCCCUACGAUGCGCCACUUGAAGUAUCAGACACAAUUAAGAAAAUGCAAGGUCAAAGUAUUCGACCAGCCUUCGCGCAAUGAGAACAUGAUAGUGCAAGUGUUACCCGAAGAAGAUACAAACCCACCUAUACAGGAAUUGGCUCUUGGGUUACUGGGGAAGAUCAUUUGGGUCGGCUGGCCGCAUCUUACAAGAGCCAAAGUUAUAUCAGUAUCAAACGAGAAAGUUCGUCUGCAUCACAACGACCAACAAACUUCAAUAGGUCUUCAUUACUCGACGGAAAACAAUACGGGAAACCUUCACAAACAAUGGAUCUCUGAACGUUCUACUAUUAUUGAACAUAAUAUGAAUCGUCUAGGCAUUGAACUUGGUGACGUCAAUGUGAUCGUGCAUGCCAAAAACUUAAAAGGUUAUAAAUACGUAAUUCAAGACAAUGUCCGCAUGGCUAUGGAAGAGGAGUGGUGCGAUACCCCCUGUGGGUACGCCUUUCAGGCUAUAGUGGCUAAUGCCAAGGCAUCAGAGCUGAAGCCUCCAGCUAAAUAUCUUACUCCGACGGAGGCCUAUCCCACGGGAGAUACCGUGUUCCUGUUGACGCAGGGACAGUACUAUGGAUGUCUUGCAACGGUGGUAAAUGCGGACGCGGCCCGUAGCGGGCGUAUAAAGGUGUGCGUACGAGAGGCCAAAGAACCCGUACCACGGGCUCAAGCCGCCGCUUGCGCUUAUCGAUCCGCUAAUCACGCCGCUGCUGCUUGUGGUAUAUCUGCGCAAAUGCUCUCGCGCAUAACAGGAUCGAUUCUGGUGAUAUCGGGAGUAAGGAAUGACUUGCCAACUGAGACACAGUCCAAGAUCAAUAUUGGGCUCAAUCUCAAGUUUAAUAAAAAGAACCAAGAAGUAUCAGGUUACACCCGCCGGUGUAAAGUGACAAACUCGUGGACAUAUUCGGAACGCUGUGUCGAGUUGGUGAAAAGUUAUGCGAGGGAAUAUCCAGAAUUGUUCGACAAACUCGCCUAUACAAUGAACCGGGAUGUAUUCUUUGAAGGCGAUUUGUGGCCUGAUGCGGUGGGUCAAAGUAAACCUCAAGAAGUCCAAAAAUGGCUGAAAACGCAACCCCAUAUCGGUGCAGCGCGCAGACAGUGUGGUUCCGAAGCCCUAGAGCCAGAGGAGAUGAAGGCUAUUUGGAAGAAUUUAGAGGAACAGCUGAAAGAGAUCAAAAGUCAAAAAUCUGUCAAUUUGAGUGUCAAAUGGAAUGUGUUGUAUAAGCCGGAAUUACACGAGGGCAACAUUGCGCCGGAUUCACAUGCUGACUACAAAAUGUACGACCGCAUAGUAUGUGUUGCCCGUAAUAUAACCGUGCCGCUUGGGGCUAAAGGCACAGUGACGGCGAUUUAUCAACCAACUGAUGGCAAUACUGUGCGGUUAUCAGAUAAAAUGAACGCUCAACCGACUUAUCAGGUAAUGUUCGACGAACCCUUUGCAGGCGCGAUGUCUGAAGAUCUAUUUGAAGAAUCCAGGUUUUAUAGAAUGCUACCAACGAACAUGCUAAAUAUAUCCUACGGGCGUCAAAUCCGAAAUGUACAAACGGACAACAACGAAGAUACAAAUUCGUGGGGCUUCACACAACCGCCCGCCGUUCUUCGCAGGGACAACACACAACCGCCCGCUGUUCUUCGCAGGGACAAUACACAUAACUCCGCGUUCGCCAGUUAUAGUCCCCCGUGGGAGACGAAACCAGCUACUCCGGAGGCAAAAAUACCGGAGGCAAAAACACCGCAGGCAAAAACACCAGAGGCAACUAAUGGCGGACAAAAGGAAGACCCGACGACACUCUUGAGAAGUCUUCUGAAAAUAAGUGAAAAUGCAACGGACCAGACAAAACAGAAUAAGAACAAAGAUGAAGUAAACUCAAAUUGGAGAAGCAAGGACAAACAACCAAUAAUACCACAAGCGAACACUACACAUCCCUUUUGGAAUUUUUUGUCUGGAACUCAGUCACAAAAUUGGAGAAAGGACACCGAAUAUCGACCCCCAGUGCCUCAAAGCGAUUGGGUGAAUUCCAACUCCAAUUAUUACAAGAAUCAACCACAAGCACCUCCAUUCGUACCUUUUGCCCCACAAUAUCCGCCCCCGCAAUAUCGUCCCAGGAACAAUUUCCCAAAACAUUUGCCCAGCGUGAGCAAUUUACUUCCCAGCUGGACGCAGAACUCUCCAGCGCCAUUCCAGCCUAACCAAGCCAAUGAAAACCCAUCAAACACCCAAUCCAACCAAACCAACCAACGGACUAACCAGGGUGUGAAUAACCCAUUUGUGCCUUUACAAGUGCAGACUAGUCAAAGACGAGCCAACAAUGUGAACCAGCCUCCUCGUAACAUGGAGAGUCAGCCACCAACACAAUCUUUGCUACCCAAGCCUCAGCCUGUCGUGGCUCAGGUACCACAGAAUAAUCAACCUCCAACGAAUAGGACUAAAAAGAGGAAACCCAGAAUAGCGGCCAAUCUUCCUUUUCAGUUUGACUGAAUAUGUCAACUGUCAGUUGUCAAAUUCGAUCGAUUUAAACGUACAUUAUAAUAAGAUUAAACAUGUGACUCGACAUAUUAACUAACUUUUAAAACUAUAAAAAUUAUAUUUUGGAUAUGUGAAUGUAUUAUGUCAAAACUAUUUUCUUUGUGACAGGUGACAUUCAAGACUUGACACGUUCUUGUAUAAUGUCACGAAUAUAUUUGAACCUGUAUAUUUUUAAUACCUUGUUCUUUAUGAAUUUGAGUUUGAGACAAACGAAUUUAUGAAUUUGAGUCGAGUUUUUAAAUAAUUUUAAAUUAAAUGCGAUAUUUUUUAUGGCAUUCACGCCACAUUUAUUUAAUGUUUAGGCUGAAACGUUCAAUGUACAAAAUGACUAUAUCCGGAAAAUUAUUAUCAUUCUAUGUAACAGAUUUCACAAUCGAAUUCUGUACUACUCAAAAUCAAGGAAAAAUAAAUUUUAUUUGUUUUUGGACAAUAUUCAAUUAAGAUAUAUUACGGUAAUGUAUUAACUACGUUCAAGUCAGUUUUCAAAUCUUGUCAAUGUGUUACAUAUUUUUAUAAUUUAUAUUUUAAGAAAUUGUAUAUUUUAUUAUUGACGUGUCUAUAUGACUAUAAAUAGUUCCUUAAUGUCUUAGAAAAUAGAUGUUGUGUGAGUUUAAGAGAGUGAAAAAUAGCCGUCUUGUAAUAAUGUCAUAAUAUGUAUUGAAUAAAAUAAUAUUUUCUAAAUAAGGGUUAUAAUUUGAUCAAGGGCUGUCUUCAUCUAGAUUCACAUACUUUUGUAAUGUUGGCCCUAAACUUUUUUAGCCAACGGUAAUUUGUGACAGUCGUCACGUGACCAAAUUUUAGCUGUCAUUCCCACAGAUCUUCAAACAGCUGACAGCUGAUCUCAUGACUGUGGUAAAUCUUCUUAGAGGACCUUGCUCAAACGUGAAUAAUAAUAUUUAAGGAAAUUAGUUGAUGUAUUAAUGUAUCUAGAUGUCUAUGCCCUCGUAAAAUUAAUAUAGGGAUAUAAAAUUGACAUAAUAAGUGUAUCAAUUUUGUAAGUACUCUAAGAUGUUAAUCGUACAAAAUCAAAUUCGAUUCAAGUAAAUGUAAAAAAUAUUUAAAUCGGCAUUUCACAGUACAAUGUAUGUGAACUUAAAAUAAAUGUAUAAUAAUAAGUACAAGAGAAUUGUCAGUCGUUAUUAUAUACAUUACAUCACUGCCUUAUUUGAAAUGAUUUUAUGAGACCGACAGAGUAUUAAAUGUUUAAGUUUAACCAGAUAGAUUCUUUAAAAGAAAUUCUUUAGUUAUGUUAUUAGUGAAAUGCUUGAGUUUCAAUCAAGUUUUAUAAAUUAUGCGUGAAUUUGUAUGAAAAAUCUUAACAGCUCCUACAGUGGUACCUCAAAAAAAAAGUAUCUGAAAAAAAUUAAACUAUUUAUUAAAAUUUGACAUUUACGUAUAUAUCGGUUUAAUACUCUGUGAAUCUCAUGGUCAAUUAAACGCGGUUCGUUUGUCUGUGAUUGGUCAAACGGAAAGCGUGUCACGUGUAUAUUGUCAGACUGGGCAAUCUAAGACGUUUCAUUUGUUUUACAUUAGACAAUCUUAGUACAAUAAAUGCGACUGGCUAUUUUAUAUUUUUUUGUGGUAUCCUUGUUCAUAAACGUACUACAUGCUUAUCUUGUUAUUGCUUUGCUCACGUGUCUGGAUUGAAGGGACAAAAGCAAGACUUUGCUUUUAGUACGUUUAUAAAUAACUGAAUGUACAAAAGGUGUAUUUUUGUUUUUUAGAAUGAAAUAAAGUUUUGACAGCA